AUGACAGCGUUGCAUGUGGCGUGUGGUGCAGAGAGCCGAUCGCUUGCUAUUGUCAAGUGGCUGGUCGAGGCCGGGGCGGCGGCGGUGGAAGCAAGGUCGGAGAAGGGCAUCACCCCGCUACACGUGGCGGCCAUCCACGGGCGGCCGGAGGUGGUGCGGUGGCUGGUGGAGUCUACAGGCGCACGUGUGGAUACGGUGGAAGAAAACUCGCGGACGGCGCUGGCGCUGGCAUGCGUCAUGGGCCAGAUUGAAGUUGUGCGGUGCAUCAACUCGCUGUCCGCCACGCGGUCGCUGCAGAUCGAUGACCGGAUCGGGCGGCACGGGCGAGCCAGCUUCACGAGGCUGCGGCUGGUGGACAUGUGUAUCUCAUACAGUACCUCGUAG